AUGCUUUCGGACGUAAAUAAUUUCGAAUCUCAUGAUUAUGUUGUAAGUCAGGAUAAAAUUGGAUAUAUUGAACAAGAUAAUAUCGUUUAUAAUGUUGUUUAUGGAUAUAAAACUUUAUUUGCAUAUCAUUGUGAACAUGAGAAAGGUAAAAGAAGUAAAGAAAGUCUACAUGAAAAUAUAAGUAUACGAAUUAAUUGCGGCAGUUUUUCAUAUGCUGAAAUAUCUCUUCAAUUUGCAUAUAUUAUGGGUGUUACAAAUACAUUAGAAACUCUAAGUGAACCUGCGAAAAAAGUCAUAGAAAAUAAUUAUAGGAUCAUGAAAAAUACGUACGUUCCGUCUGUAUUUGGAGAAAAUAAUCUUAGAUUUAUUGAAAAAGAUGAUAUUAUGAUUGAGAAUAGUGUAGAUUAUUUUAAUAGAAUAAAAAGAGAAAUCGAUGACAGAUUAGUAGAAAGAGAUUCGGAAAAACGUUCUAUUUUAGUUUUUUUUGAAUUAAAACAAAAACUAAUGGAGUUUUAUAAUUCUGAUGCUUUGACAUCAAUAAAAGAGUCAGCUGUUUAUCUAACAGAAGAUGCAUCAUUAGAAGAAAAAGAGAAACUAAUUAAGCGCGCAACUUUAUCUGGUCAAAUAACAUUAUUUACAAGAACUUAUGGUCGAGGAACUGAUUUUGUAUGUCAUGAUCAAACUGUUGCAGCAAAUGGUGGUACACAUGUUAUUCAAACAUUUCUUUCAGAAGAAUUUUCAGAAGAGAAACAAAUAAAAGGUAGAACUGCAAGACAAAGUGAUCAAGGAUCUUAUAGUAUGAUUUUACUUGAUCGUGAUCUAGAAAAAUUCCAUAUAGAAAAAGUACACAUUGAAGAUAUUAAGAAAGGCAAAGGAUUUCUAACUCGUAUUACUAAUACUGUUACUGAUGCUCUUAGAUUUACAGAAACAUACGAAACAAUCUAUGAUCUUCUUCAUGUUAAACGUACUGAUUUAUUUUGA